AUGUCAUAGUUCUCAGUCGCUGCCAUUGAAGAUGAUGAUGGCGGCAUCCUUCCUUCUUUUGUCCAUACUUAGGAUGGAUGUGUUCUUGUGACAAAGCCUCAGAACCAGAACCUGAGCGUGCCGACUUCCAGACACAAAACGGACUUUGAGUUUGGAUGUUAGCGGAAUGAUUACGAGAACAUGUGAAGUGUAGAUGGUUGUGUGCUUGUGUGAUGAGCAGGCAGCAGUGUAUCGGUUCUGGUUCUGCUCAGAAAGGAGGAGGAGACACAUCAGGGUGUCGGUGAGGCAGCACAGUCUUGUCAUCAUGGCGGCCAAGUCUGAUGGCGUCCUGAAGAUGAACAAGAGCGACGUGGCCUUCACUCCUCUGCAGAACUCUGACCACUCCGGUUCCAUCCAGGGGCUCCACCCGAGCGUCCAGGCAGACGGCACGGGGACCGGGGACGCGGAGUUCGCCAACGGGGAGUCGCGAUGCUGCGGCCGCGGCGGCGGAGGAGGAGGUUCCAGGUCGGCAUGUGUGGGUCUGGGCCAGGAACCGCACCAGAACCCAGUGUGGGACUGCUUAUGGAUCCUCACCGCCAUGCUCGUGUACGUGGCGGACGUGGGCACCGACGUGUGGCUGUCGGUGGACUACUACCUGCACCGGGACUACUGGUGGUUUGGCCUGACGCUAGUCUUCGUCGUACUGGGCUCCUUCUCCGUGCAGCUCUUCAGUUUCCGGUGGUUUGUUCACGACUUCGCCCCAGAGGACGCAGCGGAACCCGCCGACGGUCCGCACAUGGACGGGAAUAAGCUGCUGAGCGGAGACGUGAGCCCUCAGCACCACCCUGUCACCCCACAGAGACAAGCAUCCACCGCCAGCAGGAACACCAACACCACCAGCACGACCAGCACCGCCAUGCCCACCCGAACCCGUAAACCAUCCACCUCAUUCUCCUUCUGUGUGUGCUUCUCUCAGGCCCUCAUCCACAUCCUCCAACUGGGACAGAUAUGGAGGUAUCUCAAUACCAUCUACCUGGGCAUUCGUAGUCGUCAGAGUGCUGAGACGGAGAGGUGGCGUUACUACUGGAGAAUGAUCUAUGAGUUUGCAGACGUGAGCAUGCUACAUCUGCUGGCCACCUUUCUGGAGAGCGCUCCUCAGCUGGUGCUGCAACUGUGCAUCAUCAUACAGACUCACAAACUGCAGGCUGUGCAAGGUAUGACAGCAGCAGCCUCCCUGGUCUCCUUGGCCUGGGCACUGGCCUCCUACCAGAAGGCCCUGCGAGAGUCUCGGGACGACAAGAAGCCCAUCAGCUACCUGGCUGUCAUCAUUCAGUUCUGCUGGCACUUCUUCACCAUUGCAGCGCGGGUCAUCACGUUUGCCUUGUUCGCGUCUGUGUUCCAACUCUACUUUGGCAUCUUCAUCGUGCUGCACUGGUGCAUCAUGACCUUUUGGAUCGUCCACUGUGAGACCGACUUCUGCAUCAGCAAGUGGGAGGAGAUUGUGUUUGACAUGGUGGUGGGCAUUAUCUACAUAUUUUCCUGGUUCAAUGUUAAGGAGGGACGCACAAGGUGUCGUCUGUUCAUCUACUACCUGGUGAUACUGGUGGAGAACGCAGCUCUCAGUGCUUUGUGGUACAUUUACCGCUCACCUCACCCCACUGACUCCUUUGCCGUACCAGCGCUUUGCGUCAUCUUCAGCAGCUUCCUCACCGGUGUGGUUUUCCUGCUCAUGUACUACGCCUUUUUCCACCCCAACGGGCCACGUUUCGGACACUCGCCAAGCUGCCAGCGCCUGGACCUGGACUCCGCUGCGCAGUUCUCCACACUGCCGUCCGAGGGCGCCACCAACUCCCUGCGUUCCAACCUGGGGGGUGCCACCACCACACUGGAGCGCGACUGCAAACACUCAGAAAGGGAUGGGUGCAUGCCGGUGUUUCAGGUACGACACACCGUGCCGUCCACACCGUCGUCUCGCGCUCCACGCCUGGAGGAGACCGUCAUCAAGAUCGAUCUUUGUAGGAACCGCUACCCGGCCUGGGAGCGCCACGUUCUGGAUCGCAGUAUACGUAAGGCCAUCCUGGCUAUAGACUGCUCCUUGACCCCACGACUGCAGUAUAAAGAUGACGCUAUGGUACAGGAGAGGUUGGAAUAUGAAACCACAUUAUAGUAUCCAGCAAUAUAAUACCUUUCUAGCAGUCUCAUCUUCACUCACUUCCUUCUUGUCAACUCAGUGGCCAUCAAGGAGAAUGUUGGCCUGCUCACUGAUCUAAGGACAGGUGAAGAUCAUUCAACAUCUCUUCAUUUUUUUUAAGUCUCGUCAGGGAAGCCCUGUGUGAUUCAAGCCACAUGUCAGCACAGUGUGUCAAAAUGCAACCCUAAGAGGCUGAUGUGUUCAGGAUCGAACAUCCAAAACAUAUGAACACAUCCUUCCAGACAAGUAUGAACUUUGUCCGAAAUGACACUUGAAUUCCACCUCAUUGCAUGACAGUGAUGAGUAAAUAAUCCCUGCGUUAUAAACUUCAAACAGUCACCUGUGUCGACUGUGCAGGUGUCCCCAAGUUCUGAUGACCUCGUGUUCUUAGUGCCAAAAACAUUCCUUGGAAAUGUUGUCUCACUUCUGAGGAUUUGGAGCUCCAGAUGGCCUGGUAGUCUCUUCACACGUGUAAAGAUCAUUCUGGUCCAAAAGGAAGAAGGUAAAGCAGCAUCUAACGGUUUUAACCCAUAAGAAUCCAUGCUGACCAACACUUUAAAUGUGUGCUGUACAGCUUUGUGCUCGACUUGAACUCAUCAAGUCCCUAAGUGACGUACAGUAUAGGAAACAUUUUGCAGUGGUUGUCAUGUGACAGCUAUGUUGCCAGACGAUAAUUAUCGUAUUUGUAUGAUAAUUUCACCAUCUGUGCAAUCAGUAAUUUCAAAACUGUCAUAAUGUAGGAUCAUUUGAGUCCUGAAAUACAUGGCUAUUAGCAAACACAAACAGGAUACAACAUGCACUGCACCUGCUGUUGUGUUCUUUACAGCCAAUCAACGCACUAUGUAGCACACAAACGCAAAACGUAAACAACAAUGGACGAUGAGUGCAUCGCGGCGGGGGCAUAAAAAAGAAGGUGUGUUAAGGAAGGAGAAUUAAUAGAUUUAUUCUUAAAAUAUAUAUGAUACAGGACCUUGAUAUAUGAUGACUAAGAAGAUGGUUAAAUGUGACGGAUAUUCAGUGCAACGGCUCAUUCUGCACACCAAACAGGUGGGGGCGCUGUUUGCCAGGGGCAGCUUUUUUCCAACAGUGCUGUUAUUUUUGUUAAAGCAGGGGUGUCCAAACCUUUCUCCAGCGAGGGCCACGUACUGAAAAAUGAUAGGAUGAAAGGGGCACGUUGAUAUUUUGUAAAGCAACACAUGUAGCUAUGCUAAGAAGUUAUAUAUAUUUCAAGGGAAAACAAUGCAUCUCAGCAUUGUGAUAUACAGUAGGUGAAAAAGUGUAUUAAUAGCAUGAACUUAGCUCUUUUUUCUCAAUUUUUUUCUUUUUUUAAAUUUUCCAAAUAUUUCAACUUUUUUCUAUAGACUUUGUACAUUUUCUUUUUGUAAUAUUAUGACUUUAUUCCCAUAAUAUUUUGACUUUAAUUCCCAUAACAUAACUCUUUAAUGACAACUUUAUUUAGUUUUGUUUGUUUCUCAUAAUAUUACACCUUUUUUAAAAAUAACAUAUUUGUUCUUUAAUAUAAUCUCUACGCUACUAAAAUUACAUUAUUUUUCCUCAUAAUAUUACGAAUUUAUUGUAAAAUAUUAUGAUUUUUUUCUCGUUAGAGUAUCACUUAUUUUUACUUUAUUCUCGUAAAAUUACAGCUGUUUUUUGCAUUUGUUUUUCCCCCAACUAUUUAAACUAAAUAUUAUAUUAUAUUAUAUUAUAUUAUAUUAUAUUAUACUUAUUACUUUUCCGCAAACUUAUGUUUCAUAAAUAAAUAGCUUUAUGUGUUAUUUUGUUUCUUAUAAUAGUUGGCUAAAAAAAAAAAAUGCCCUUUUUCUUUAAUAUUUCAACUUUGUGAUACUAAAAUGAUGAUAUUUUUCCUCAUAAUAUUACAAUGCUUGCCCAUAAAUUUUUUCUCGUUAGAUUACAACUUUUUACAUUUUGACUUUCUUCUUGUAAAAUUACUGCGGAUUUUUCCACUUUGCUGUUUUUGUAUUUUUUUAAAUUUUGUUGUUAAAUGAUAUUCUUAGAAUGUGACAUGGGGCCAAUUUAAAAAAAAAAAAAAAACAGCUGCGGGCCACACUUUGGACACCCCUAAUUUAAAGGUAUAAAACCUAGUCAUGUGCAGUCAUGGCCGGUGAGUUUGGGAAGGUUUUUUUUUUUUACGUUACGUUUUUUUUAAGUUAAAACAAGAAAAACAGGAGAAUAAUUCACAUUUGGUCGAAAAUAUUUUCAAAUACUUCUUAGUCCCAUUUAUUUAUUGUUUUUAUUACCGGGAAAAUAUUUGUGUUCUUACCUUUUAUUUGCAUAUGAAGUACAUUCAGUCCUUCUCCAGGAAAAGUUCUGAUACUUUGUUGUUAAAGUCUGUCACCUUCUGGUGACCUUGUAUAUAUAAUUUUCCAUCUUGGCAGUAAAUUCAUGCAUUCAUUCAUUCAGCAGAGCAUAAAAUAUUUAAUGCAUUUGACUUGCUGCUCUCCAGCUAGUGCUGCUGCUGUCAAAAAAAAAAACCAAAACACUGGCAUUUUCUUUCUAUGGAAGGAUGGCAGUGACAAGCACCUUCCAGCUCACGCACCCCUUCAGGAUGAAGCUAGUACUGCAGCGCCUCCUGUAUGACAUUUCUAUGUAUUUUAUUGUGGGAUUAGCAAGAAUAAUGACGUCACACAUUAAAGGCAUUACACAUGCUGUCAUUUCAUGGUGUAUAAUAAAUAUUUCUGCAACAUGAUAUUAUUAGCCACAUGCUGACAACCACAAAUUGGCAGGUGCCACGAUCCAACUCAGUGCACUCAGACAGUACUAAGUUGAGAGGUGACGCCCGUGGCAGCCUCUUCUUAGGUUUCUGUGCUGUAUUUGGAUGUGCAAAUUCAGCAAUUUUUGCUUCAGAAAAUGUUGAAAAUGAUUGGAAUCAUACAGAAAAUACAUUUAUAAUGCACUUCAAUCAACAUAUUAACAUUUAUUUUGUGUUAUCAUUUGUUUUUUUAUUGCUCUGCCUCACCUGCCCCCCCUGACCACACAUCACUGGUAAAACAUCACUACAUCAUAAAUACUGUAUAGUAUAUAUAGUGUGUGGUCAUGUUUUACUGAACAGAUGGCCCUGAGCAAAGUCAAAUUAGGUAUGAACGAUAAUUUUCCUCAAAGUACGAUCAUUUUAAGUUUCUGGUAUGAUAGUGUCAUUUCUCAUCUGGCAACACUGUGUGACAGUCAUGUGACUAUCCCAGCAUAUGCCCAAAAUGGCAGUCCGCCAGGUAAGCUAAACCUUAUUUUUGUCAGGAAAGCUCCUUUUAAAUCCAUUUAACAAUUGCGAUGCUUUAAAUAGGUCGUCAAAUAUUACAGUUCAACUCUUAGAUUUCUUCAAUGAAUUCAUAGAAAACAAGCUAACUUUAUCAGGCUUUUAGCCUUGAAAUUGCUAUGACGUAUUUCUCACGAUGGCAAAAAUGCUAAUAAAACACUCAAUAAAUGUCACUCUUUCAAUGAUUUUCAAUGAAUAUUUGUUCUUUGUUCAAUUUAAAGUACGCCACAAAUGAGUGACCAGUUAGCAUGAAGACUGUAACAUAUUUGUAACGUCACACAUCUUUCACAUCAAUUAGUAGUAUUUUACAAAGAAAACACCACUGAUAUCUGUGUAGAUUAUCCCUUAAAUGGAGGCAACUGGACUCUGUAUAAGUGUGGGUAUCCUAACUGGGUUUUUGUCAGAUCCAUUAGGAGAAGAAAGACCACUAAGCCCGAGCCUGAGGGUUAAAAACAGGAGACGAAAAGUAGUGGUCCCGUAGGUGGCUGGUUUAUCAGAGAAACUCUGAAUAAUUUACACCAAACAUACCAUACCUGUGCACUUCGAACCCACCAACACCCUCAGACAAAAACUGGUUCACCCAAGGACAAAAUCCUGAGAAGCAAACUCAGCAUUGUUGUUUCUGCAGUGCAGUGUCGUGAGGAGCGCAAUGACCUGUACAUUGGAGAGACCAAACAACCCUUAUACAAACACAUAGCACAACAUUGGAGAGCAGUUUCUUUGGGCCUUGAGUCAGCAGUUAAUUUGCAUCUCAAACAGAAACAACAAUCACGACAACAAGAAAGGUUAGUCAUCACCUAUAGUCUGCUUAACGUCUCUCCCCCAAAGAUUGUCUCAUUCCACCGGAGGAGAGGCCACUUACAAGCUGUUUUGCCCCCAGUCAGACAAACCUGAUUGUGACACACUCACCAGAGACGUAAACAGAGAGACUAGAAGAGUCCAGUUGCUUCCAUCCCACUCUGUAUGUGUUCCACUUGGUCUGUGCCGUAUCCACCAUCAUGACUUGAAAUGGAUUCUUAUGGGUUCAAAAAGGCAAAAGUAGAUUUGUCAAGUUGGACAGAAAUCCACAUUUUAUGUCCACAAUAAACAUGAGAACUGACAAGGAAAGGAGUCAAGGAUGAAGAGGAGACCAACAAGCAGCCAUCUCCGCCAAAUGGAACCAAGCAGGAUGUACAGUACUCUGACAUGCAGCAUUUUUGUACUUUUUGAGAUCAGUAGAGAUACUACAAGUCAUUGUGUUUGUGUGUGUGUAAAGUACUGUGCACGCGUCUUAGGUUGCCAUUAGAUGUGUUUGUAGUUCCUGCUUGACGGAGGACGCAAACAGACAGAUGCUACAAUGUUGACACUUCCAUCAAUGCCACGCCUUUUGUUCCUGGUUCUUUGGACUAUGUUGCUAUCAGAAAAGUAGUCAAUGAUCACACAACUGAAGAGGUUUUCAAAUGGUAUCAAAAAUGACAAAUGAACAGAUGUAAUUUGCGACUCUUUCCACCUCAGACAGGUUAAAACACUCAGAUAAACAAAUAAGCACGGUAGGUGUGCAAUAGCAGCAGGUUAUUAUAUUAGUGACACAGAAAGCAUGACGCACGAAACUGAAACAGUCGCUGUCGGCACACAUCACAAAAGUGCUCAUAGAAUAGAAUAGGAAUGACAUGGCUUGAAAAACAACAACUUGCCAACACUCUGAACUAGCAGCCUCAUUUCUUGCAUUAAAAUGCACUGUAGGGAUAUAAAAUCAAGUGGGCAUAACAGCCUUGCUUUUUUUUUUGGUUUUGGUCGUGUCAUAUGACGCAAGUUGCAUUUCACUUUCACUUUCUGGAGUCAUCUCUAACCUUUUAAAAAUACUUCCACACUUGGGAUGAUUUUUUUUACUAGCCAUCAUGAGCCAAUAGGUCCGUAGAUGUUGACUGACUUGCUAGCAUUCAAAGCUGGUGCUCCUUUGGAUUGUACCACUUGAAGCGGGUGAUUUUUAUUAAUGCGUGCUUAGUAUAGGGCCUCUGUUAAACAUACACGUCAAUUUUAAUUCUUUAUUUAACACAAAUUAGGCUGUUUUGAAUCAAAAUAGGCUACUAUAGGCUAGUUAUAACAAAAACAAAGACAUUCUUUGUAAAAAUGUGUGCUGAGAAACAGCAGUGACUACCCCCAUGUAGUCAGAAUGGUACAAUCUUGAUCACAUGGUAUUUUUAUAUGAUUCAAGCACGAAAUUGAUAGUUGAAUCAGACUCCUACGAAUUGAAUUGUCGAAUAGUCCACUAUUCUAAGACACCCCAGUAAUAUCUAAGUGUUGCCCAAUUGAUUGUGCUAUGUGAGUGUGUGUGUCCUGAAGGUCCCUGUGAGUUACAGUAUUAGACUGACAAUGUGCUGAGUUAUUAGACUGUAUAAUGAUAUAUAGACUGUAUAAUAUCACCAAGUGUGGUGUAAAGUGGUUUAGUAUUUUUAGCUGCGGUGGAAACUGCAAAGAGGUGGCCUAAGACUUUUGCACAGUAGCUUUACAACGUGUGAAUGUGCGCUCGAUUCUGAUAUCAGAUCUCGUCAUCGCCGGAUGCGCAGUCUGACAGGCUAGUACUGUAUAUCUGCUCCGUGCUCCUUCAUGCUUUGGUGGCUAACUGACCUUGUGAAAUUUAGAGACCCUCACAAUUCGCAUGUUAAUUCCUGGAGGUUGCUCUAUUGUGGAUUUGUUCACAUUUGGGGGGGGGGAAAUACCGUGCAGGUGUUAAUUUUAGUAAGUUUAAAGGAGCUGAAUCAAUGCAAGUAAGCUUUUAUCGUUGGAUAAGGUUGGACCCCAGUACAGGGGGACAGUGCUGUACAGUAUGUACUGAACAGUACAGUACAUGGUUGCUAUGGUAACUGCUAACUAUCUAUAUACACACGCAAUACAUCCACGCAACUGGAAAAACGUCAAAAAGCGAAACGCUCAACCGAACCGAUUUUGGUCACAUCACGCAUCAAACUGCGUGAGCCCCAUGGGUCCACGUACCGAGGAACCAGAGUGGUCUGCUUGUGUGACUGAAAAGUGCCCUGAUGAGGUCGCUUAUUCCAAAUAGCUCCCCGUCCCUGAAACAGCACCACCUUUGUCUCUGUUUUUAUUUUUUGUUGUGUGUUUUAAUUAAUUAAAUUUUAAUUACUAAUGAAAUGAAACUCUUGUUGUAUAAAUGAUGUAUAUGAUAUGUCCAGACUGUAGGAACAACCUGUAUAAUUUAUGCUCACUCUUUGCACAUACUUGGUUGGUAUACCCCACUAUCCAUACCCCAAUUAUUGGAAUUUAUGUCUAUACCCUGUCCAUGCGAGCCUGAUGUCAGACCAGUAGAGGGCAGCAAUGUACGCCCAAAUUACUAGAGCUCACAGAAGAUGGGUAUAUAAGUAUAAGUAUAACUUCACAGUGCAAACCAAACUGGUCAAUUCAACACAACAGUGCACUCUAACUCAAGUCUGCUUUUUUUGCAGGAAUGAUAUAAAUAUAAAGACAAUUUUAUAUAUAUAUAUAUAUAUAUAUAUAUGUGAAUUAAUUAAUUAAAAUGUGAAAUAAUGUGUUAAAAUGAUCCAUGAAUCAAUGACAAAGAUAAAUAUCACCUUAAAUUACCAUUUUCAUACAUUUUAUUAUUUCUAUAUUGCCUUUAUUUUUUUAACUAUGUUUCUUAUUUCACUGCAUUUUUAAUUGUUGAAUACUAUUUUAUAUACUUGAUGGCCUUUUAGUUCAUGUUACUGCAGUGCAUUCAAUGACAUUCAUGGAUUACAUGAUAAAUGUCUUCUUUCAUGUUGAUGCCAUUCCUCUUAGCAAGAGCCCGAUUGAUUUUGAACGCUUUGUACAGACAAAAUGGAGAAAGGCGUAGCAAAAGCACAUGAGAUGACGGGUGCGUCACUACACUGUAAUGCUUCUUUUUACAACCUUUGCACAAAGUGGUCGUUGUUUUAUACGCAGUAUAAGUACAAUGCACUGGAUUUAUUUUCAAAAGCACAACACAAAGCAACUGGAUAAUCAAUCGAUUAGACUGUUAAGCCAAAUAAAUAUGAAAUAUGUCAGCAUCUCCAACAAUGGCCACAAGUAAGGAAAAUGAUGAUGGGUGCAGCCUCUUUUUUUAUUGGCCUGUGCCAAAUUCUUAAAAAACAAUUAAUCAAGGACAUGGGGGAAAAAACAGCAAAAAUGGAAAAGAAACAGCACAAAUUUGACAAGAAUUAAGUUUUAUGAGAAGAAAAGUUGUCAUUUACAAGAAUAAAUUCAAAAGAUUAUGGGGAAAUAAAAAUAAUAUUAAAGAAAAAUGUGUUAUUUUCUAAAGUCAUGACCAAAAAAACAAAGAAUAAAGUUGCAAUUGUAGGAAAAUUAGGUUGGGAAAAAAAUUAUAAUAUUUGGAGAGUUCAGUUAAAAUAUUCUAGUAUAAAGUCCUAACAUUCAUUCAUACAAGAAAAUGCAACUGUUGACAUAUUGGGGAAAAAAUAACAGUAAAAAUGGAAAAAUGAGCAAAAAAAGUGUAAUUAAGAACAAACACUUUAUAUCAGGGGUGUCCAAACUUUUUCCAGUGAGGGCCACGUGCUGAAAUGUAUGUUAUGCUAAAACGUUAUAUAUAUAUAUAUAUAUAUAUAUAUAUAUAUAUAUAUAUAUAUAUAUAUAUAUAUAUAUAUAUAUAUAUAUAUUUAAACCCUGCAUCUCAGCUUUGUGAUAUAGGUGAAAAAGCGUAUUAUUAGUCAGAACUUCACUUUUUGCUCUUUUUUUCCCCAUUUUUGCUCUUAUUUUUUUAAAUUUUUGAAGUAUUUAAAUUUUUUUUCUAAACUAAUCUUUGUGAAAUUUCUUCUCGUAUUAUUAUGAAUUUAUUCAUGUAAUAUUACAACUUUUCCCCCCAACCUAAUUUUCCAUAAAUUACUUUAUUUUGUUUGGUUUCUUAUAAUAGCACAAAAAAAUAAUUAAAAAAAACCAUUUUUUGAAUAUUUCCACUCUAUGCUACAUAAAUGACACUAUUUUUCCUCAUAAUAUUACAACUGGAUUCUUCUAAGAUUGUAACUUUUUUUUGUUGUUUGACUUUGUUCUGGUUCUAGUUUUUUUGUUCAGUUAUAUUUUGACAAUGUGCCCCGGGCGCUUUUUCACCUAUAGCAGCACAAGGGUGAGAUGUAGGCCGUUUUUUGGUGACAUAUACAUAACUUCUUAGCAUAACUACAUAUGUUGGUGUACAAAAUGUAAACUAUCCAAGUGGCCCAGCCAUCCUUUGAUUUUUCAGUAUGUGGCCCUCGAUGGAAAAAGUUUGGAACACCCCUGGUGUAACAGUACGCCAUCAUCGCUGUUUGGUACCUCGGUUUUAAACGUGUACUUCAUUCAGGGCCACUUUUAUUCCUGUUCCCCAUCUCUCCUGAACAAUUGCGGCACUUGUCCGUUUACGUAUUUUACACUGAAUGUGUACCGUGUGGGAAAAUACACCUCCGUACCGAACCGAAAAACCCUAUUAGGAAUAGUACAAGUCGUGUUACACUCUGAAAAACAAUCAUGUUGAUAUUACGAUUAUUCAAAUAUAUUUAACAGCUUAGCAUAUUUAAUCUACAUUGGACUGCUUUUAACACAAAAUGAUAUCAAGAAAAGUGAAUCAUAUCCAAGGGCGCCCGCAUCCUUUCAUUAUUUUGGAUGGAAUCAUUUAGUGUGUGAAGUGGUUUAUCAGGUUGAAUAAGAUCCUCAGCUGGAUGACACCACAGAGGUGGACUUCAAAAGUGUAAAUAAACAUAUGCAAAGUGUACAUGUUUUAAAAAAACUAAAAGAUCUCUUCCUGAGUUGUGACUGUGACAGGCGUCUUUGGAUGCCAUGAUGAUAUAACUAUGAGCAUAUAAAAAACAAUACAUGUGCUGUAUGUGGUGUAUUUUUGCAAAAAAAAACAUCAAAAUGGUAUUGUGUGAUGAAAGUGCAACAAAUGUCCAAACGUUUUUUCAAAUGUGUUCCAAUGGAUGAAGAAAAAAAAUCACUGUAAAAAAAACAAAAAAAGAAUCCAGUGAUAAAGAGGAUCAAAACAUUUUUUUGUAUAUAAGGAAUUUUUUUGUACAUUUUUAUUUGAAUCUAAUGCAACACAAGCUACCAAAAUUCAUUGAAUAAAGUACACUGUGGUCCAUUU